AUGGAUGAUGCAAAGAUCAUAUCUUCAGAGGUGUCCUUAACCUUGGGCUUACCUCCCAGCUGCAUUCAGUUUUGCCCUGCGUACCCAAAAUUGUUUGUAGUGGGAACGUACAACCUUGAAAAGAACGAAGAUAAUGUUCAGGAGGGCAACAAAGAUGACGACGGUGAUGAGCGCGUAACUGCGACCAAGACAUCGCAAAGCCGUAAUGGCAGUUUGCUGGUUUUCGAGGUCGAUGGUACUAAGCUCCAUCUAGUUCAGACCGUUUCACAACCGUCAGCAAUUUUGGAUCUUCGCUUUCACCCAUUCAAAGACAAACAAGAUAUCCUGGCAGUGGCAUCUAGUACUGGGACACUAGCUGUGUUCAAGCUGGACCCUGCACAGAACUCUUCAGCACCCCUACAGCACAUCUCAACAAGUCGAUGUGAAGACAUUGGAGAGGAUGUUUUGUUCCUGCAAUGCAACUGGCACCCUGGGAUUUCCAAUGUAAUUGGUGUAACAACAUCGACGAGCUCUGCGCGACUUUUGCACUUGGACGAGGGGUACUGUAUCAAAGACUACACAGAGCUGAACAUUGCCAAUUCGCUCGAGGCUUGGUGUAUUGCCUUUUCUUCAGGAACACCUGCUUCAACUGACGAAAAGGCACAAGUUACAGCUUAUUGCGGCGGAGAUGACUCAUUGCUCCGCUAUACAUCCUCUGUCUGGUAUCCCAAUGACUCUGAUUCGCCUUGUGAAGAGCCCUAUUCGCCCAUCACUAUCAAAGGAACACACAACGCAGGAGUCACAGCAGUUCUCCCGCUCUUUUUACUCACCAAGAACAAUGGAAGAGUUGUUGUGACAGGCAGUUACGAUGAUCAUCUGCGAGUUUUCAUUAUAAACGACCUGCACGAGACGUAUGGCAUGAAAAAGGUCGAGCUGGUACUUGAAGAGAACGUGGGAGGAGGCGUUUGGCGUUUGGAUCUUGUCAAGAUUCAAAAAGAUACAGACUCAACUAAGAUCAGAAUCCUUGCUUCAUGCAUGCACGCUGGUGCAAGGUUUAUCGAACUAAAGGUUAAGCAAGAACAAGACUGGUCGUGCAAGGUCCUGGCAAGAUUUGAAGAGCACAAGAGCAUGAACUAUGCAAGUGAUUUUGUGAGGGGUGAUCAAGCGGGAGAGACCUUGUGGUGUGUGUCGACUAGCUUCUAUGAUAAGCUGCUUUGUUUUUGGAAGUAUGAGCCAUAA